AUGGCAAGGAUUGAACACCUUCCCAACGAGCUACUUGUAGCCAUCGCCAGAUCCGUCCAAGAUAUCCGUGGCCUCGCUUCCAUGGCCAAGAUGAACCGGCGCUUCAACAUCAUCGCCACGCCGCCCCUGUAUCACGAAGCCGUUCGCCGCGAAAGAAACGAUGCCCUGUUUCACUGCGCCGGUGAAGGUCUCCUGGGGGCGUUGGAGCUUCUUGAAGCUGCAGGCCAGGACCUGAACGUGAGGGAGAUUUCUCAACCCGACAGUGAAAGAAUAACCGGAGUAGUUCAAAUCAUGUGCGAGCGCGGAGAUUUUAACAUUGGAAGGGUGUUCCUGGAAGCUGGUAGGACUGACGAGGGCGUGAUCCACCGCGCCGUUUUGAAGGGCCAGGCCGAAGUCGUCCGUUGGUUGAUUAGCCAUGGCGUGCCCGUUGACUUCAGGUUCAUGAAUCUGUGCGAAUGCGACGGCGUUAAGGAAUCGGGUUUUGGGAGCCCCCUGCACUUGGCUCUUUGUCAAGGGCAGGAAGAAGUGGCUCAUAUUCUUCUGGCCAACGGAGCCAAAAUCGAUGAACUUGAGCCUUUUUCUGGCACGACGACUUGGGAGAGCGCUAUACAAGGUCGGCAUCCAGUCGCAGCGAUGGAGUUUGCUCUGUCCCUUGCUUCUACACACUCUAAAAUCUUUGAUUGCCGCGCAGAUGGCCCCAAGGAAGAGAAACAGCAGAUCAACAGUGACGCUGUCCAAAAGAAAAGCCUGGAAAGCAGCAAUGGCUUCGGUGUUGACUCCGAGCCCGAUGGACACUCUGUUACAGAGGAAGAUAUACUCGGCUCUGUCGCUGCGUUGCUUGACCCGAUCGCUUGCAUUGAAGCCUACGCCAACAGCAGCAAGAGCGAUGCCAUCCUAGGACAGAAGAGAAAAUCGGAGCGCAUGAAGGCCCGUGGGAAGCUCGCAUCGAAGAACGCCGAACACGAUGUGAUCGUCCUCCGCCAGCGAGGCGCCAAAGAACCCAAGCUCCACCUAUCGCCCCCUCUACGACCCGACACACCGAUAAAGCUUGCCUACGGUGCAAGCGUCAAUGCGUCCGACAUCAUUGGAAAAACCUUCUCCGAUACGAUCGUUGACAGCGUCGGCCGGGAUGUGCGAUUCCUCGAGGCAUCGCUGGCCCAGUAUAUCGCCAACUCCCCGCGCGUAGCGACACCGGUAUGA